CUGCAAGUGGAGCUCGAAGAGAGCGCAAAUGCAACACUUGAUCGCUGUCGCGAGACAAGACCUGCAAAUACAACACGCGCGUACGCGCCAAAGCAGCGAGAGUUCAAAGCAUGGUGCGAUCGGAAGGGUUUCCAUGAAACAACUCGCUACCCAGUGACGGCGUCAAAGCUGCAUCUAUUUCUUCAAGAAGAAGUAGUUGAUCGAGAAGUUCGGGUGAAAAAUACGACGCUUUCGGACCUGUACAACGAUCAGCACAGCCAUGGCGCGAACGCACAUCCUCACCCUCGCAACAGCCUCAUCAAGGCUCUCCUGUCUACUCUAAAGCGCGAAAAACACGAGAAGAACAAGCGUGAAUACGUCGAUAGGGGUGUGGGGUCUCUACUAGUUGGGUACUGUACUACAGAUGAUCUGGUUGCGAUUUCU